GGCAGCGCGGCGGGCCAGGCCGCAGGAUCCGCCAGGAUGAAGCAGAAAAAGAAAAAUGGGAAAGGGGAGCCGAGCCAGGCCGAGCUGAUGGUGAUGACCAUUGCUGACAUCAUAAAGCAGCUCCUGGAGGCCCACGAGCAGGGCAAGGACGUGGAUCUCAACAAGCUGAAGACCAGGACCUCAGCCAGGUACGGGCUGCCGGCGCAGCCGCGUCUCGUCGACAUCAUCGCGGCCGUGCCGCCGCAGUUCCGGAAGGUUCUGCUGCCAAAGCUCAAGGCCAAGCCCAUCAGGACGGCCAGUGGGAUCGCCGUGGUGGCCGUGAUGUGCAAACCCCACCGGUGCCCCCACAUCAACUUCACGGGGAACAUCUGUGUGUAUUGCCCAGGGGGCCCUGACUCUGAUUUUGAAUAUUCCACCCAGUCCUACACAGGAUAUGAGCCAACAUCCAUGAGGGCCAUCCGGGCUCGCUACGAUCCCUUCCUCCAGACCAGGCACAGAGUGGAGCAGCUGAAGCAGCUGGGCCACAGCGUGGACAAAGUGGAAUUUAUUGUGAUGGGGGGAACUUUCAUGGCUUUACCUGAGGAUUACAGGGAUUAUUUCAUCAGGAACCUGCACGAUGCCUUGUCUGGUCACACUUCCAACAACGUGGCAGAAGCUGUCAGGUACUCGGAGCGGAGCCUGACCAGGUGCGUGGGGAUCACCAUCGAGACGCGGCCGGACUAUUGCCUGCGGCCACACCUGAGCGCCAUGCUGGGCUACGGCUGCACCCGCCUGGAGAUCGGCGUGCAGAGCGUCUACGAGGACGUGGCCAGGGACACCAACAGGGGUCACACGGUGAAGGCUGUCUGUGAGUCCUUCCACCUGGCCAAGGAUGCUGGCUUCAAGGUCGUGGCCCACAUGAUGCCAGACUUGCCCAACAUGGGGCUGGAAAGGGACAUGGACCAGUUUUUUGAGUUUUUUGAGAACCCGGCGUUCCGUCCGGACGGGCUGAAGCUGUACCCCACGCUGGUGAUCCGCGGCACGGGGCUCUACGAGCUCUGGAAAACGGGGAGGUACCGGAGCUACCCCCCCAGCACCCUGGUGGACCUGGUGGCCCGGAUCCUGGCCCUGGUGCCGCCCUGGACACGCGUCUACCGCGUCCAGAGGGAUAUCCCAAUGCCUCUGGUGAGCUCCGGGGUGGAGCACGGGAACCUGAGGGAGCUCGCCCUGGCCAGGAUGAAGGACCUUGGCACACAGUGCCGCGACGUGCGGACGCGGGAGGUCGGGAUUCGGGAGAUCCACCACAAAGUGAGGCCCUACCAGGUGGAGCUGAUCCGCCGGGAUUACGUGGCCAACGGGGGCUGGGAGACGUUCCUGUCCUACGAGGACCCGGAGCAGGACAUCCUGGUGGGGCUGCUGCGCCUCCGCCGGAGCUCCCCGCAGUCCUUCCGCCCCGAGCUCCGCGCCGGCGCCUCCAUCGUGCGGGAGCUGCACGUCUACGGCAGCGCCGUGCCCGUCAGCAGCCGGGACCCCGCCAAAUUCCAGCACCAGGGGUUUGGGAUGCUGCUGAUGGAGGAGGCGGAGCGGAUCGCCAGGGAGGAGCACGGGGCCCGGAAAAUCGCCGUCAUUUCAGGUGUCGGCACCAGGAAUUACUACAGGAAAAUUGGCUACGAGCUGGAAGGGCCCUACAUGGUGAAAUGGCUGGAAUGAUGAUCCUGGAAAUGCUCAUCCUGGUGAAAUGGUUGGAAUGAUGAUCCUGGACAUCCUCAUCCUGGGAAUAACGCUCAUCCUGGUGGAAUGGUUGGAAUGAUGAUCCUGGACAUCCUCAUCCUGGUGGAAUGGUUGGAAUGAUGAUCCUGGAGAUGCUCAUCCUGGAGGGACACCACGCUCAUCCUGGUGAAAUGGCUGGAAUGAUGAUCCUGGACAUCCUCAUCCUGGUGAGCUGGCUGGAAUGAUGAUCCUGGACAUCCUCAUCCUGGUGGAAUGGUUGGAAUGCUGAUCCUGGACAUCCUCAUCCUGGGAAUAACACUCAUGCCCGGAAUAAAGCCCAGGACUUGCUUUAAGCCAAAGCCCACGGCUGCAAGAAUCGGAGUUGGACUUGGUGAUCCUGGUGGUCCCUCCCAAUUCCAGGAUUUUUGGAAAUAAUGCAUCAUCUCCUCUGGGAAGAGCAGCCCUGGGAUCAUCCCCUUUUCCCCGGAGAGCCGGGGACAUUCCAGGUGUCUCAUCACCUGCUGCAUCCUCAGGAUGAUGAAAUUCCAGGAUUUGGGGUGGCCUGGUGGGAAAAAUGCCUUUUUCUUUUGUUUGUUUUUUCAGCUUUUCCUGGUUCUGCAUCAAACCCGGGCUUGUUUUCCUGGCCGGGAAUAAAUUCUGCGUUUAUUUUAUUUA